AUGAAGUGUGACAGCAGAUGUGAUGCGCCAUCAGCUAUCGCAAUACCUUUUGCACCUUCGUCAUCGCAUACAUACCUUGCAAGCAGCAAGCCGUAUUCUCAUUCUACAUUUGACACUUAUUCUCAUUCUUCACUACCAGAUCGGUGUUGUUGCCUCAGUGAAUGCGUUAUCAGAGGAUAUUGUCGCCGAAUUUAUCAGUCCAAAUGCCCUCAACGACAAUCUUCCACUCGAAAAAAUGCAUUACUUAAUGAAAAUUCGCAGGUCAUCGAUCCAUCUACUGGUCGCUUAUACGUAGGCGGAGUGAACAACCUUUACGAUUUAAAUCAUCCAGAUCUUAGUGUUAAAGUCCAUACGAUCACUGGCCCAGAAGAAGACUCUUUUGAAUGCCCAAAUAAAGCUUCUUGUAUAUCAUCAAAUGUACGCAGAAAAACCAAAAAUUCUUUUACAAAAGGUUUGGCUGUUUAUGAGAAGAGCUCGAAGUUGAUCGAAUGCACAAGCCUUUUUCAGGGUCGAUGUCGGUGGCGUAAUUUGUAUAAUAUUGAUCAGAAAGAUGUAAUCAAAGAAUCCCAACAGCAUGUUGUUGCAAAUGAUCAAAAUUCAUCAACUGUGAUAUUUAUUGGAACUUUCACUAAUCAAGAUAACUUCCAAAGUGAUGAUGUACUUUAUGUAGCUUCAACCUAUGUACAAAAUGGUGGCCCUUUUCGCGACGAUGUUCCAGCAGUAGCAUCGUUAUCACUUGAUCAGAACCGUUUGUUUGAUAUUUUUGCACAAGGGGUUGGCACAGGUACAGAAAUCAAGUUGGAACGGAAGUUUCGAGGGCCAUAUAAGAUUGAAUAUGUAGGAGGAUUUCAAAGUGGUAAAUUUGCUUACUUUGUUACAAGGCAGCCAAAAGGCGAUACUACGCAAGGAUCUUGGCCAUAUAUCUCUAAAAUGGUCAGAGUUUGUACCAGUGAUGCUCAUUUUUGGAGCUAUACAGAAGUUCCUUUUGAAUGCAUGUAUGAAAACGAGCUUUACAAUCUUGUACAGGAUGUAUAUUUAUCAAAACCAGGAUAUGAUUUGGCGCUGUCUUUGGGUAUAAGUGUUGAAGACGAUGUUCUGUACGGGGUAUUUGUAAAAGGAUGGAGUGCUGAAGAAACAGUACCUUCAUCACAAAGUGCUAUUUGUGUGUAUUCAAUGGCGAUGGUGGAAAAGAUUUUUUUGAAUAAUAUUGAGCUGUGCUUCCGGGGGGAAACUAAUAAGAAUCUGCCAUGGUUUAAGUCGACUGAUCGCUGCACCAAGACCGGGUACAUGGGUCAAGAGGUGUUGUGUGGAAAGGAUGUUAAUAGUCAUAUUGGGGGUGAGAUACCAGUUGAAGGAAAUGCUGCUCUAGUUGCUGAUGAUGCUCAGUUUUCUUCUAUUGCAACAAAUACAACACGUGCAUAUACCGUUGCUUUUAUUGGGACACACGAUGGACGACUUCUUAAAGCUGUAAUAGAGAAUCGCAGUUCUGCUUUCAUUUAUCGUUCUCUCGAUAUUGGUGAGGGCAAACCCAUACUUCAAGAUCUGGAAUUAGAUGCCACUGGUGAUUACAUCUAUGCUCUAACGCCAAAGAAGGUAGUAAAAAUCAAGGUUCGUCAAUGUGGAGGGGCUGGUGAUUGCCGUAGCUGUUUGGCUCAACAAGAUCCAUAUUGUGGUUGGUGUGUUUUAAACGGUGCAUGUGUUCCAGAAAGUGAGUGUACGAAGUCUAUACCUUCCACUGCUCAUGAUUGGCUCACCUAUCGAACUGGCCGAUGUCCUGUCAUCAGCAAGGUAGAGCCCGACAAGGUACAGAGAACCAGUGCAUCGUAUUUGAACAUCGAACUUGAGAAUUUGCCAAAUUUAGGUGGGCAGUUGACUUGUAUUUUCGAUUUCGGUGGUGUCUUUGGAUCAGUCUCCACACUUGCACAACCUAACGGUGGUUUGGAUAAUCGUGUCAGGCUAGUUUUUAGUCAAGAUCAAUACAUUUUACAAAUAAAUGUAGUAUGUCCAACGCCGAAUGCUCUGCCAGAUAUCCCAUCGGGUGCACAUAGUCUUGUUGCUCGGCUCGCUAUUUCUAAUAGCAUCGAAGGACCACCACUAGCAUUUACAAAUUUCACGUUCUAUGAUUGCUCGCGUUUUAAAUCGUGUAGUGCUUGUGUCAGCAGUCCAUUUCCAUGUGACUGGUGCAUAGAAUCUAAUCAGUGUGUUGCUGGUUCUACAACGGAAAAUCGUUGUCGAUCUCAGCAACUGAUUAAUGGCAUCAAGAGAAGCGGUCCUUCAAGUAGAAAAGGACGAUCGCAUUGUCCUCGUAUUGUUGCUACUGAAAGCGAGUUUUUUGUUGCUUCGGGAAAAAAUCGUCAAGUAUCAGUGAUAAUAGAAAAUGCGAGAAGAUUCAUGACAGAUUUCAAAUGCCAGUUCAAAAUAGAACACAGCGUGCACGAAAGAUUGGCAAAGAAAAAAGGCAAUAUCAUUAUAUGUGAUGACAUGAAGUUUGAUUUUUAUGGACCAGGAUCUGGAAAUGGUACUGCUUUUGCAAAUUUUUCAGUAAUAUGGUCUACGGAAGGACGUCAUGGGGGAUUCGCUUUGGAUAAUACUCAAGAUAUUAAGAUCAUAAUGUAUAAAUGUGAAUUACUUGCAACAAAUUGUGGAUUAUGCUUAGUACUUAGUGGGGAGAAUUAUGAUUGCGGCUGGUGUCCAACUGAACGACAGUGCACUAAAGCAGAAAAUUGCCCAGUUACAUCAAAAACAGAUUACUGGUUAGACAGAUUUCAACUUUGCCCACAUCCAGUAAUCACAGAUUUCAAUCCUAAAAAAGGACCUCUUGCUGGUGGUACCAUGUUGAUAAUUGAUGGAGUGAACCUUGGUCACAGCUACAAGACUGUUGAAGAAGCAGUAACAGCAGCGAACGUUCGUUGUGAUGUUGAUGAACGUUCUUAUGUUACUGCGUCACGCAUUGUUUGUCGAACUCGACAAAGUCCUACUCCAAUACCAGCGCGUUAUCCAGUUGUUGUGAAAUUGCGUGAAGAACAUAGAUAUACAGCAAUUUCUAAUGAUAGUUUCACUUACGUUGAUCCUGUGAUAAAAAACAUAGAACCCACGAAAGGACCUGGAUUUGGAGGGACAGUUGUAAUUAUAUGGGGCGAAAAUCUCGAUGCUGGAACAUCAGUGAAUGUUUUAUUCGAUGAUGUGAAAUGCAUUGUACUGAAUCGUAGCAAUGAUAAAAUUGAAUGUAGAACGGGUCCUUCCGAAUCACUCAUUGAUGGAAUUCUUAAAAUUAGCGUUGAUAGCUUUUCUCGAGUGUAUAAUAAUAUUCGAUUUAAGGAAAAUCCCACCUUUGCACAAGUCACACCGGAAAGAAGCAUCGAAUCUGGUGGGAUAUUAGUUGACGUCACUGGAACUGGGUUCAAAUUAUUGCAGAGACCUUAUAUGAUUGUUAGAGAUGAAAAACGAACUAUGAGGGGGCCACAGUGUGACAUUGCUCGUGAUGAUUUGAUGUUUUGUAAAACACCAAGUUUAGAGAUUCCUCAUGACAGGCAAAAGCAUCCUACGGUUGAUGAACCUCUGCUGUUAAAUUAUGGUUUUGAACUUGAUGGAGUUCGGACUGAGGAUAUUUCACAAUUUAGUGGCUUACGGAUUCGUCACUUAGCUGUUUAUCCAAAUCCGAUCGUGGAAAAAUUCAGUGAUGUAAGGUUUUAUCGGUUAGGCGAUUAUUUAACUAUCAAUGGUAAAUAUUUAGACGCAGCUGCAAGAGAACGAGACAUAACUGUAACAGUAGGAGGUGAGUCCUGCAAUUUAACGGCUUUGGCAAAUCGAGCUCUCACUUGUCAACCUCCAUCUGAAAGACCUAAUACGCAAAAAGUUUCGUAUGAUACAGACCCUGAUGUCCUAGUGAAAAUAGGUGAUGUAAGCUACCUAGUAGGUCAUCUUUCGUACAGCAUGAAAGGGACUGGAUUAUCGCCUCAGCUAAUGGGAGCUAUAUUAAUACCAACUUUAUGCAUUAUUGGCGCUUUCUUUUUGCUGUUAAUAUUUUAUAGACGAAAAAGUACCUCCCAUAUGCGAGAAAUGAAGUAUUUGAAAAAUCAAAUCGAUCAGAUUGAGAUGAAAGUAGCUACUGAGUGCAAGGAAGCAUUUGCAGAAUUGCAAACUUCGAUGAAUGCAAUGGCUGCUGACUUACCUCUUGGAACACCUUUUAUACCAUUUCUCUCAUACAAGGAAUACACAGCUAGGGUGUUGUUUCCGAAUAACUAUCAUAAUCAUCCAGUUUUACGUGACUUAGAAGUUGACAGUCAGCGAGCGCAUUCUAUUGAGAUGGGUCUUCGAGCAUUCAACAAACUGUUAAUGAAUAAACACUUUUUACUUUCGUUUGUGCGUGCUAUGGAGAAUAACAAAUAUUUUCUUGGUAAAGAUCGAGUGGCUGUUGGAUCUUUACUUAUGGUUGUAUUGAUGGAAAAAAUGGAAUAUUGCACUGAAAUCUUGAAGCAGUUGCUAAAAGAGCUCAUUGAUAGAACAAUGGAAAAAAGGUUACAACCUAAAAUUCUUUUUCGUCGUUCAGAGAGUGUAGCAGAACGAAUGUUAGCUGCAUGGUACACCAUUUUGAUGUACAGAUAUCUGACGGAUUGCGCUGGUAGAAAGUUGUAUGAAUUAUACUGGGCAAUGAAGCAACAAAUGGAAAAAGGACCUCAGGAUGCUUUAACCUUUGAAGCUCGAUAUUCAUUGUCCGAAGAAAAACUUUUGCGAGCAUCAUUUGAUUUUCGGAAACUUACUGUUUUUAUUGCCGCAGAUCAUCAUUCUUCUGGCGCGAUAGAUUAUCCCGUUAGAGUGCUCGAUUGUGAUGCAAUAACACAAGUGAAGGAAAAGUGUCUGGAUGCAAAAUAUCGUACAACAGCGUUCUCUGAUCGUCCUUCUGUGAAUGAUCUUGAUUUAGAAUUGCGAUCAGCUUGUCCCAGAAUAAUUCUUCAAGAUAUUGACAGUACCUCAAAAAUUGAACCAGGUGGUUGGAAAAAGAUCAAUACAUUAGCACAUUAUAAUGUUCCGGAAAACGCAACUUUAGCUUUGCUUCCUCGUCAAGCUUCGCUUUAUAACCUCUCAAUUUUGAGUGAACGUUCUACAUUUUCAUUACCUAAGCAAAGUCCUACACUUACAAGACCAUUCGGAACGAAUUCCAGUUCGCAGUGCAAAGACAUGGAUUCUAAUUACAAGCUAUAUCAUCUUGUCCGUCCAUCAGAACAUGGUCCGUCCGAUCAGCAAGAUAAAAUGGUGACGGAAAUUUAUUUGACGAGAUUACUCACAAUGAAGGGUACGCUGCAAAAAUUUAUCCAAAAUCUGUUGGAAAUUAUUUUUUCUACUGCUUCUUCUAAUUCUGCUAUUCCGUGUGUGAAAUAUAUGUUUGAUUUCAUGGAUGAUCAGGCAAGGGAGCAUGGCAUUGAAGACGAUGAGGUUGUUCAUGCGUGGAAGAGCAACUCUUUGCCUUUAAGAUUUUGGGUUAAUUUGAUAAAAAACCCGCAUUUUGUCUUUGAUAUUCAAAAACCAACAAAGCUUGAAGGUUGUCUAUCAGUUGUGGCUCAGACUCUUAUGGAUGCUUGUUCUACUCAAGAUCAUCAGCUGACAAAAGAUUCACCUAGCAGCAAAUUACUAUUUGCAAAAGACAUAUAUCAAUAUCGUGAUUGGGUCGAUCGAUAUUAUGCGGAUAUUAGGCAAAUGCCUUCAAUAACUGACCAAGAUAUGAAUGCUCUGCUUAGUGAAGAAUCUCAUUCACAUUCACGCGAUCGGUAUUUAGAACAAUAUAAAGAGUCAUUGCGAGAGGAAUUAAAUAUGAAUCAAUUUGCGGUCAACCAGAAGUUGCCACAAAAAUUUCAAGAUAUGGUGAAUACUAUGGAAUGUGUUGGGGAGCACUACAGUAAUGGUGGAAAUGGGACUAUUGGAAGCUUUGGGCAUCGUAUUUAUCAUGGUCGACCACGAGAAGAUAGAGUAUAA